AUGCUACUACCAUCUACAAGCAUUAGUUCCACUGCCUCGACACUAGGGCCAAACACGAUCCAAGACUAUCCAAUCCACUCCACAAUCAGCCAAGACCCAAAGGUCAUCACCUUCUCUACUCAGUCUCCAACCAUACUGCCGAUGACUGACUAUAACAACCAACGCAUCGACGCUCAAGACUUGACCUCAAGGCUUGUCUCGUUCGAACACCAGUCCAACAACAACAACAACUCUGCCAAAGGCAAUGGAGAAACCUCCUCCGACUCAAUUCUGUCCCAGCGAUGUCCCCGAUCCACCUCCAUCGACAGCGGCGUCAUGCCCCGUUUCACCAAAUCAGCAACAAUGUCCACAACAGGCACCAAUGACUCCCACUACUCUCAGUAUUCCGGCCUCUGCGUUAUGCGCGCUGAGCCUAGUUCCAAGACACAUGCUGAAAGUGUUGGUGUCGCACCAGGCGAGUUCAGCAAACCGCGUGUCCACAAGCGCAGCCGCAGAGACACUCAAAGCAGUGUUGGAAGCGGCAAGAGUGCGAGAAGCGAAGAGCCAAAGGAGUUCAAGUACUAUGGCCGACACAGCAACCAAUGGUUGUUCAACGACUUUAGUGUCACUGAUGCUGUGUCCAAAGGCUUCAAGAGAGUCUUUAGCAAAGACAACAGUGGAAAGGACUGGUAUGAGGACAGGAACCGUUAA